CAACCUCCCUCCGGGACCUUCUAAAGAGCAAAUCAAAUCUCACAAUAAUAAGCCUUCUUCUUCCUCUUGAGAAGACUUCUUCUAAAUCUCUCUUUUGACUUUUUAAAAAUGCAAAGAAAAACAAUGGUGACAACAUCCUCUCGUACCAAAUCAAACGGCCAUGUGCUCCGUUCUCAAUCGCCGUCGGGUCGAUUCUGCGGCGAUUACUCCAAAUCCACCCCGUCGUCAUCGUCGUCUUCCUCCUCUGCCUUCGCUUCGUCUACGAGCUCAAGCUUCUCGUCUCCGUCCUCAUCCUUCUUCAGCAACCACCACCGAUCCGCGUCUCCGACUCGCGUGAACCUAUACAACCCCCAGCCGAUGAUGGCGCAGUCGUUCCGUUACUCUCUCGACAGCAGAUCCAUCUCGCCUACCAACAGAUCCAUCUCCGUUACGAAGAAGCCGCAGCCUAGCAGCCACCACCACCACCACAAGAUCUCUUCCUCCCCGAGGAGGUGUAUGUGCUCUCCGACGACGCAUCCCGGAUCUUUCCGAUGCAGCCUUCACAAAAACGUCGCGAAUCCGCACGGUCAAGGCGCGGCGUCGUCGUCGUAUCCGACGAACAGUUUGAAUAUGAGGAGAUCCGCGAUGACGAAUUCGCUGGUGAGGAUCGGUGGCGUCGAAGGAGAGUGGGUGAGGAGAGCCUUGACGACUCUGAUAAGGCCUUCGUCGCAUCAUCUGAGACGAAGGGCUGCUUAUCAGCCUCGUCCGAGUAGGCUAUCGAUUAUGUCGAAAGCCACCGAGUGUAAUUGAUCUUGGUUUUGAUUUCAGAUUUCAGGUUUGCUCUUCUCUUUUUGAAAACCACAGGCGUUAGAUCUGGAGAAGGAAGACUCUAAUCUAUAGCCGGCGGCGAUUGGGGAUGAGAAUCUCAACCUUGGAAUCGAGUUUUUGUAAAACGAAGAUGAUCAUCAUAUAUAUUUUUUUGUUUGUUGUUGGGUGAAGAAAGAUGUACAUAUUUAUCGUCUCUCUCAAAAAAAAAAAAAAUGUCGUACUCGAGAAAUUGAACCUAGCUAGGAAUCAAAUCUAUGUGAACUGAUCUGAAUCAAAUUUGUCAAUUCUGUUUUUUUUUUUUCAUAAAACAAGUGAGAUCUAGUCUCAUAUCCAUUGUAUUUGUAUGCAGUGUUUGUCAGAUUCCCGUGUAUUCGUUUCCCGUGAAGUCGACGUUCGCGUCGUUCGUUGACCGUCCCGUUCACCGUUGUGCGUUCCGUUGAUUUUCAAGGUAUGCGUUGUUCGUCGUGUGAGGUGGAGUACGAACUACUUUAGUACCCAGUUACAUGGAAUUGAAAGAUGAACAAAAAAAUUAACCAGCCAGAAGUGACAUAGAAAAAUGGUUUCGAAAUGGUCUUUCUGGAUGAACAUUGAUGACAAUAUUUCACAUAAGGACUGGAGGAAAAUCAGGAAAAAACGAGAAAGUAUAUUUUGGAUAGACGAUGACUGACCAAUUAGAAAACGACCGAACAUGAAAAUUAGCAGAGGAUUUGCUGGAAAAUGAAUUUGAAUAAUGAGAAGUUGGGAGUCAUGAUAAUAAUCAUGAAACAUGAAUAUUUGAAAGAGGGGAAAACAAGACGUAAAAUUUUUAAAGACACGUUUUUAUGAUC